AUGCUCACGUUUUGGCAAGUUUUAUUUAACUUGCGGUCUUUCUUUGUUUUUUUUCCCGGCAAUUUUCUGCAUCUACUUGAAAAAAAUUCUCUCGUCCAAAAAAUUUUGCAUGAAUUUUAGGAUCCUAGACGUAAUGACUUUGAUUCAAUUGUCUCUCCUUUUUCUGUUCUACUCUAGUUCAAACUCGGAUCAACAACUUCAUGAAAAGUAAUAGAAUAAUUUUCUCUCGAGUUAAAUUUAUCACAAUUUCCAGUUUUGCUACGUCAAGCUCUGCCCUUGAGAACGAGAGCAAAGAAAAAACAAGGUUAAAUAAUUUGGUUCUGUUUCUUCAACUUUCUACAACAGCCUCGACAUUUCCUUGUCAACUUUCACGGUUUCUGUUGUUCUUCUGUGUCAGACUGUGCUCUGUUUGACCGUUUUCCUGAUUAGGAAUCUGUGGAAGACCACAACUCCCAACAUGUUGGCUCUGACAUUCUACUCUUUAGUUUGUGAGUACUUCUACUUCUACCUUCUGAUCUCUUGUCGUUUCUAGCUUCUAUUUCACUCUAUUAUAUCAACGACUAUCAAAAAGAGGACUUCCGGCUCGAAAAAGGUUUUUCUUUCCUCCUUUUCCAUAGUCUCUUCCGAUUUGAAACCGAAUUCUCACAAAGCGUAGAGGUCGUUUAUCAUGUUCUGAAUUCGUAAUUUGGCCCGUGCGUACGAAUUGAGAAAUUUUAGCCGAUCAACAUUAAUAUUUAUAGCGAUAGGUUUUUCCAGACCUCGCCCAGUCCAGCUUGGAUCAUGAGAAUCUUCAAAAAAUCACCAUUGCUCUUAUUAUCAACCAGUUAAUCAAUUUUUUGAUUUUUUGGCGCUCUGUAUAUGUAAAACAGUUCUCUGCCUGGUAAUGAAUGUUGUUUGAAAGAGAUUAUUUUUGAAAAAGCUUUAAAAAAAUUAAUCGCGAAAUUGAAAUCAUCCUACAGUUCGUUCAAAGUUUGGAAAAAUACUGGUUCUCAGGAAAGACGUGAAACUUUUUUUCGAAAACGUUGUACGAUGUGAGAAAACGGAAUAAUAGCAGCACGAGACAGAAAGCUAAUCCGCUAAAUUAUCCUAUUUUUGGAAAAUCGGCUCUAUUCUCCUUUUUUAUCCACUCCCGUUCGCAAUCUUGAAAGUUGCCUGUAAUUCGUGACGAUUCAACGAGUGUCCUCAAGAGGAGAGAGUCGAAACGGAAGAAGAGACAGAACCAGAUCGAGAGAGAGAGAGAGAAAGGCCAACCAGCUGGUCCGUCGAGACACUAGGUCAUGAGGCGGAGGGUGCCAGAGACUGGUCAGCCGUGUCUUUGACCAAGUGGUUUGAAGCUGUUGAGGAAGCGUGUUGAGAUGAGAGGGUGGCAGAGAGGCCGUAGGAAAACGCGAUGACCAGCACUACCAGUCGCCGUCGCGACUGCACAACAACACUCGCUGGGAGGACGCGCUCGCGUCGUCUCGCAUCUUCGCUUCUUCAAAUUUGCCUCUUUUUGUUUUUGCUCGUUCAUAUCCAAGUUUUUGGAUCCUAGAAAUUUCAGCUUUUCAUCAAGAAAAAUCCGGUCGCAAGAAAAAAAUUUUCAGUUAGUCGGGUAGUGCGUGAAUGGCCCAUGGAUAAAGCUGAGCUCCUAGAAUUUUUCCCCAAAAGUUCGACUUUUUUUUCACCGUAUGCUUCAAAUUCCAGACGCGACCUUUCUUUCGUUCAGCUCCAUUUCAUGAAGCUAAAAUUUUCAGAGACUUGGAAGUUGGACGUAAGACUCGAGGGUGCCUGAGCAGCGCAAAAGUGUACUAGAGUCGGGCUUCGAACUGAAGCUAGUGAUCAAAAUUUAUUGCCUCUUCUUUCCUUCGUUUGAAUUAUGAUUUUUCGUUGAACCUAUGAAUGAUGUAGACAUGACGUUGUGCGAAGUACUUCAAAGUCAUACUCAAUUUUGAAGAUUUUGUUUUCUGGAGCGAACCGGUCGGAAAGACCUGAAAAAGCUUUGAAGUUUCACGUAAUGAUUUUUGAUGAGAAGGUACACCACUAUUUCUCAUGGUAGCAAAAAAAUGUUUAUUGAAAUCUUCUCUUGAUGACUUUAAACACCCUGCUGGGUUGGGGAUGUACUAAACUCUAAAAAACGGCUGGUUGAAGUUGUGCGGUGAAGCGUCGGGACACGACUGCAACACGGGGUUUUCACUACUCUUCUGUUUGUUUUCGGGUAAUCGACGUCACGACCGCCACUUUCAGCCGUCCAAACCGUUUUGCGGCUGGCUCAGAAAUGUCUUUCAGUGUUUUUUUCGUUCUUUAAACUCCUUUAACUGAAUAUCUGAAUCAAUUAGACUAUGUUCGUAAGCCUUAGUAUUAGUCUGGACUCAGUAUUAGUCUGGACUCCUUCUGAAAUUCCACAAAGUUGCCUGGAAGAUCCUCGUUUCACAUUAAGGCUCUUUUCUCGUAUACAGUCUCGGGAAAUUUUUUUGUGCGUUUUGAACAGCUUUUUAUUGAAAAAGCGUCGUUUCUUGUUGGAAGAAUUCUGCUAAAUAUGACUCUUCUUUUGAGCUCUUCUUAGAACUAAAAUCUUGACCUUUAAUGUAUCGCUUGAAAUAGAUGAAAAACUAAGAUUUCAUGGAAACUUUUACAUCUCUGGUCUCUUGUGCUCAUUUUCCCUCCGCGUAGCAGAGAGAGAGAGAGGGAGAGAGAAAGAGAGAGAGAGGAGUGCGUCGAUAUUCGUAUAGUCGGCUGUCUGCUUUCUUGCGGCUUACGUCUUCAGACGAGCCAUUAUAGAAGUGGGCGUGGCCGGUCUGACGAAUUUGACGUCUUCUUCAGUCUCUGAUGCUGUUUUGCAGCUUUUUUCCUCGCUUUUAUAUUCUAUUCACGAAUAGAUUGCCUGAAAAGAGUCAGGUUACUGUAGAGCAUCUUAAUCUUCUUGUUUUCGCCUAUUUCUUCGAAUAUCUUGUCUUGUCACAAGGCUCUUGUGAAGGAUCUUAAUUUUCGCAAGUUUUUUUUUUUUGAAAUUAGUGUUACUUCAUCAUAAGCGUUAGAAACAUGUAAAUGAAGUGCUUUAAAAAAAACUUUCAGAGAGCUUUUUAGCGGCUCUAAUUGUAUUUUUUUUUCUACGUGAUUUUUUUGAACUCAAAUUUUCAAUGUUGAUUUCCUCAGCAAUUUCUUAUGUAUAGAUUUUCUUCCAUUUUCAGAAAUUUUAACUUUAACCUGUUUUAACCUUUUCUGAAAAAAAGAGUUUCUCGUCGUUUUCUCUCAACUUUUGAGUCAAAUUUGCCGUUUCUGGAUCGAUGAGCAAAAACGGCGAGAUCCCGAUGGAAGCGAGCCAAGUCGGCGCCGCCCAUUGGCCGGCGGCCAAAAAGAGAGGGAAAGCCCCUCCCAUUUCGAUUACUACUACUUCUGGAGAGCUUUAUCGUUAGAAAACCCCCUUUUUGAAAGUUUUUAAUUUCUUUUUUCCGUAGGCUUUUCUCCUCAGUUUCUCAUAGGUUUCCCGAAUACCUGAAACAAAAGAUUUUGAUGGAUUGUGUCGUGUCGAACAAGUGAACAUUUUCUAAGAUGCUCUUGUUCAGAAUUUUUUCGUUCUCAUAUGAAAAGUCAAAAUGAUUUCUUGCGUUCAAAAAGCUGAAACACUUCUCAGGAGAACCUCAAUUGCGCUUCAAACAUAUUUUUUGAUUUUUUAAUAUUUGACCAGUGUAAUUAUAUUCUUUUGAAACAAUUAUAUUUCUGGAUUUUAUCAGUCAUCAAGUUGUGCCAGAAAAAUCACAUAUUUUCAAUCGGAACACUCAUCAGGUAACUUGGAAGCUCUCCAGGCGCUAAAAAGUAUAUAGCUCUGCAUAGGUUCUCGCAGUUUUUCUCUCUUUUUUUUCGUCACUCGGAACCCUACAGAAGCCCCUGCUACUCACCAUCAGAACAUCGGAAUUCUUCGGAGAAAGACUCAAAAACUGAAAUCGCGUUCCAACGGUAUGCGGCAGCCGGCGUUUUGCUUCUGAUGGAAACAGGAACCGGUUGUAGAGGGAGCGAGAGAGCGAGAGACAGAGGCCCUGAGGGCGUGCGAGGCGAGGCAGUGACGACGGCCGUCGUCCCUACUACUGGCCAAAGCCUCCAGCCGCUUGCGAAUAACACACGUGUCUGUCCAUGUGCCCCAAUCUCAUCAACUUUUCCGGUUCCUCUUUCGAUUCUUUCAAAAUCGCCCUUUUAUCCUUUUUUUUUUCCUUUCUUUUUCCUCAAACUCUCAGUAUCUCUUAGGAAUCGCCUAGAAAGAUUUCAAGGAAAUAGGAUAAAUUUUUAAGCUUAUCAGUGCAGUGCCACAUCUCCGCUAAAAUUUUCAUCAUUCUUCUUCAAAACCUAUCCCAACCGAUUUUUUAUUUCGUUAUGUUUCAUAACUUUCGCAAAAAUAGUUCCUUCCUGAACAGAACACAAGUAAAAGACUAAACAGAUUCGAAAAUUUAUAUCCAAAUUUUUGAAAAUUGUCCAAAUUUAUAAAUUUGGUUAGUUUUUGAAAGAACCCUAGUUUUCUUUUUGAAGAGUUUUUUUUUCAAUUUUAAAUUGGUGGCUUUAAAAUUUUUACAUUUUAGUGAAUAGAUUUUUAUUUUCAUUUAUUCCAAAAAAAUAAACAAGAUCCGUCCGAGAUCCUAGCGUUCAUCCUAUCUGAGAAAAACGUUCAACCAUGAAAUUCAAAAUUUCUGUUUUUUUUGUUCUUUUUUUGGAUACCAGCCAAACGCCCGGAAAUUAUCGUAUAACUCUUGCUCGCAUCAUUGCCUACAAUUUAUCUUGUUCUUUCCUCUUUUUCUUUUCGCCUUCUGGAAUUCCUUCAAUCUGCGAUCUCGAACCUUUUUAAUUUUUUUUUUCUUUUUCGUUUUCUGGAGCUUUCUCCGAGAACCUUCCGAGCGUCGAAUACAUCGCAUUUGUUGAAUGUUUUUUAUUCAAACACCUUAUUGAAGAAAUGCGUUGACACGUGCUUCCACAAACGGUUGGGCACCGAUUCCGCCUGGAAAAUCCGAUGAUUCCUUGACUCUCAGCGUGGCACUCGUCUUCUGAACCCUUUUUCGAUGUUCAAACUCGCAAUCUUCAAUUUUUGUACCAUUGUCGAAGGUCUCACAAAGGAAGCAUUGUAAGUUUUAUUUUUUUUUAUAUAUACUCAGGGUUUCGAUUAUUUUAGGCGAGACCGGCAUCGAGUUGGAACUUCCGAGAACAAUCAACCGUCAUCCGAAGCCAUGCUGACAAGCCCUGCACCAUCUGGAAUCCAUUUUCCGGCGAUCGCUUUUUUGUAG